GUUCAGUUAAUAGUUGAGGGGGCGAUCCAGGGCUUUUGCCUAGUCAUAAACCUAGGCCAAAUUAGACAGUUGAGCAAGCUUUCCUGUGCCCACUGGUGGAUAAUUCACCAUUCCUUAUACAGACAAGUUUCUGGAAUUUUAUUAACAUCAAUGGCGACGGAAGAGGAAGAUUCGAUAGAGGGGGCAGCAGCGACGCGGCGACAGCGGCUUAGAGCUCUCAGAGCCGCUCAGGAACUCCUCAACACUCCUGACCAAGACGACCUUCCCCACCACCACGCCGCCCCCGCUCCUCCUCCUGGUCCUCCAGACCGCGACGCCGACAACGAUGACGAAAAAGAAGAAGAAGAAGAAGGCCAAGAAGAACGAGAAGACAAUGUCAACAUGAAAUUCCGGAAUUACCUUCCUCAUGAUAAGCAGCUUCAGGAGGGGAGAGUUGCUCCUCCGGUACUACCAAAAUUUGAAGACCCUGUGGCUGAAGCACCUCCUUGUCAAGAGAAGAAAGAGGACCCGUUUCUAAAUAUUGCCCCAAAGAAGCCGAAUUGGGAUCUGCGGAGGGAUGUACAGAAGAAGCUUGACAAGCUAGAGAAACGUACACAAAAAGCAAUGUUUCAGCUUAUGGCGGAAGAAGAAAAGAGGAGGAGAUUAUCUGAAGAAGGUGCAGAUGGAGAAGAUUGACUUUUCAAUUCAUUGUUGGGACGCGGCUUGUAAUAUGGAAAUUUAGUAGGAAUAUUAGGAAUUGGUAUAGGGAUUUACAUAAAUCUUAGAUUGAGCCUUGAGUAUUAACCCUGUGCCUUGAGCAGACUACGGGGAGCAGGAAAAUUCUGGUAGGCGGAAACUGGGUCUGCUGUGUUGAAAUUCGAUCUCUGCUGUUAUUAGGGAAUCUGUUUUUCUUCUCUAAUAUUCUGGCUUUCUGUUUCAUGUUCUUCA